GUCCUUCUCUCUUGGCUAUCUUCUCGGUCAACCUCAGGUUCCUACAUCAUCCACCAGCGGAGGUGGAAGGCCAGAUUGGCACCAGAGACCCUCCGCUGCGCCUACUAUGGAACAUGCCCUCCAUCCCGCGCGUGAACGGGAUGACCCUAGAACUCGCAGAUGUGUGGUUGACGGGAUGCACCUACACCCGCCUGGCUCCGCCACAUCUAAGUUCAGUCAUUGGCACGGACCCGAUAAUUCAGGCUUUACAGAUGAUGCCUUUUGGCGAAGUGGCAAGGUCUCUAGAGGCCAAGAUGCAGCGGCUGUUGUUGCUUUCUGCAGCAGACAAUUCGUUACUGUUGCUGCAGUGGAGGGAAAGUGGUUCCGACCUGAUUACCGGAUCGGGGAAUCUUGUGCUCUUAGAUCAGACGCGCUUGCCCUUUCCUGUGUUGCAGUUUCUUCGGCAAGAACCGGAAGCGCCGCUUAUGGCCGACUGUCAGGGAAAUAAUAUUCGGGAGCGUACAUGCCGAGUUUUACGGGCGUUUCCGUGGGAAGGGGAUCUACUAGUUUCGAAGGCGGCGCUUGACGAUCAAGAUAGCAAGGGGAUUGAUUGCAGCGACAGCACAACUGCUUCCAGCAGGAGUUCAAAAUCCUGGAGUAGCCAAGUACAGAGGAUCCUCCGGGAAGUGAAUCCAUCUGUCAGGGGAGCCGGAUCCAUAUUGGGUCCUCCUGAGUUGGGGGAGGGGGGAGGGAGGGCCCUUGUGAACGUCCAUGCCAUCAUCUGUCUGCCAAAUCAGAGAGGCAACAGCAACUUGAAGCAUACAGGAUUUCAUGUAGACUGA